AAUAAAUUUACGAAUGAUUUUAACUAUAAAAUAAAUUGAUCUGAGAUGCCAACUAAUCAUUUGAAAAAAUAAUAAUAAUCAUCAUCAUGUAUCCAAACUUAGAAUCGUAUGUUUAUAAUCCAUCCAAUUUUAAUGUAAUUUACAAUCCGGCUAUGCCGGUUUGUUGUUCGCUUGUUGGUGAAAAACGACAAUUAGAACCGGGUUUGAUGAUUACAGUAUUGGGUCGUUGUCAUCCGUAUAUUGAACAAGGAAGUACACAAAGUUUUCGUGUAGAUUUUUUCAAUGGUGAAUGUGAACAUUAUGGUGGUGGUGCUGAAAAUAUAGCGUUUCAUUUUAAUCCUCGUUUCGAAAACAGAUCAGGUAUGAUCAUAAUGAAUUCUUGUGAAUAUGGUCAAUGGGGUCAAGAAAUACGUCCAUUCGAAAGACCAUUUCCGUUUCGAUCUGGUGGCAAUUUUCGUCUUACUUUCAAAGUAGAAACCGAACAUUUUGAAGUGCAAAUAGAUGGUCAGCAUCUAUGUCAGUUUCGACAUCGUUAUAACUUUUACAAUAUUCGACGUAUGCACAUUAGCGGUCGAUUGGAUAUCGAUCAAAUCAAGUUUGAAAUGGUCGGUGGUGGUAUGCCACGAUACAUUAUGGGGCCUCAAUUGCCUUAUUACGAGUAUUUGCCGCAGCUUAGCGAAAGACCGCAUGACAUUGCAAUGGUGGGAACAGUACGCUAUCCGUUUGUCGAAUAUUUUGCCAUCAACUUAGCCAGUAGCGAGCAAGGUCGUUUUAGAUGCGAAUCAGAAUUCAAUAACAUUCCAAUUCAUGUAAGCAUACGUGCACAACAAGGCCAAAUUGUUCGUAAUACUAAAAACUAUGGAAAUUGGGGCCAAGAAGAGACCGAUUUAAAUGGACCGUUUGAAUUUCAACCAGGACAACGAUUCUUUUUAAUGCUUUCAAUUCGACCAGAUUGUUUUAGUGUACAGAUUAAUGGUAGAUUUGGAUUUGCAUAUCGUCAUCGAUUGUCAUGGCAAUCGAUUGAUUCACUUCAAAUUUAUGGAAGUGUUGAUUUAAGUGAAAUCCGUAUUCAACCAGUUUAAUUUAAUCAGUCUGGUUUUUUUACAAAAAAAAUCAUUCUAUCAAUAAAUCAUUUGUUAUCGAA